ACUUAUUUCGUGGCGCUAAAAGUAAGUAUACUUAUGGCUCGUCCGUUGACCAUAUGAUCAACGGACGACAGUAUAAUAAGUAGUACGAAGCGUCAGUUUACAGCUUGAGCUGUAGGACGCUUUAAAUUUUAGGAUGUUUUAAAUGAAAUUCUUUCUUUUAAAAUUUGAGUUUACUUAAUUUGAAAAAUACAUUUUGUCAUAAUUUAGUCUACUGACAGUGCAUGAUGCCCGUGUCUACAAUGUAAUUUCAGUGCAGCAAGAUGUUCCCUGUAAAAUUUGGGAUUUUAACAAUAAGCGAUUCUUGCUCUGAAAACAAAAACGAUGACAGGAGUGGCCCUUUAUUGGAACGUCUGGUAACUGACAAGGAAUCUGAAAUUGGAAGAAAAUUAAAUGCUGAGAUAGAAUGCAGUGCGAUUAUUCCUGAUGACGAGCUUUUUAUUCAGGAAACUUUAAUUCGAUGGUCAGAUGAUGUAGGAGUGAAUGUUAUUUUAACUACUGGAGGAACUGGUUUCUCCAGCCGUGAUGUCACACCAGAAGCUACAAAAAAAGUCAUUAUCAAGGAAGCUCCAGGAAUCACUCAUGCUAUGUUUACUGAAAGCCUUAAAGUUACACCAAUGGCAAGUUUAUCAAGGGCUGUCUCUGGUAUUCGUGGCAAGACACUGAUUAUUAAUUUUCCGGGUUCACCAAAAGCUGUAAAAGAAUGUUUCAAUGCUGUAGCCAAUGUAAUCCCUCAUGCCGUUGACUUGAUUCUAGAUGUUAAGAAAAGUGUAAAGGAAGCACAUCAUGAUAUUCAACACAGUGAGGUAUAUCACAGCUGCCCUCACAAAAAAUCUGCUGCUUCCCUAAGCUUAGACAACGUUGCUGGUCGACUGAGAGAAUCACCUUUCCCGAUGAUAUCAAUAGAAGAGUCCCAGAAGCUUAUGAAGAACAGCGUAGUGAAAGAAAUGUCUACUGUCAAAGUAAAUAUCUGGGAUGCCUUUGGAAGAGUCUUGGCAGAAACAGUUUUUUCUCCUUGUGACUUACCACCAUUCAGAGCUUCCAUCAAGGAUGGAUAUGCAGUUAUUGCAAAAGAUGGAAAAGGAAAGCGUAUGGUUUUGGGAGGUCUGGAAGCAGGUCAUAAGCCAGGAAGUGUGAAGAUUGUAUCUGGCUCUUGUGUAAGAAUUAAUACUGGUGCAGCAGUUCCAGAUGAAGCAACAGCAGUGGUGCAAGUUGAAGAUACAAAACUGUUGGAAAAAGGAGCUGAUGGCAAAGAAGAAAAGGUCAUAGAGAUUCUAACUGAGCCCAAAGAUGGACAGGAUAUACGGCCAAUCGGAAGCGACAUAAAGAAGGGCAGUAUCGUAUUAAAAGCUGGCACGAAAAUCGGAGCAGUGGAGUUGGGAAUAUUAGCUGCUUGCGGUUGUUCACAGAUUCCCGUAACGUAUCUCCCGAAAAUUGGAGUUCUAUCAACGGGAAACGAGCUUCAAGAUGCCGGCGAAGCUCCUAAACCAGGUCACGUCUACGACAGUAACAAGAUUACGUUAAUUAUGAUGUUAAAAGAAAACGGUUACAGCGCAGUUGAUUUGGGAGUUGCAACCGAUCAAGAAAAAGUGAUGAUUGAUGCAAUUGAGAAGGCCGUAGAAGAGGUUGAUCUUAUUAUCACAACAGGUUCUGUAUCCAUGGGUGACAGAGAUAUGUUAAAACCUAUUCUGAAAGAAAUCUUCAAUGCAACCAUUCAUUUCGGUCGUGUAAAUUUGAAACCCGGUAAACCCACGACAUUCGCUACUUGCGUUCACAACGGAAAAACGAAGUACUUCUUGUGUCUUCCUGGAAAUCCGGUUUCAGCGAUGGUAACGGCGAAUCUGUUCGUUUUCCCGCUUUUAAAUCAUCUGACAAAAAACAAUGCUAAACCUGUGGUAGUCAAAGCAAAGGUGACCUCGAAAUACGUUUUGGACCCACGUCCGGAAUUCGCUCGAGUAAUUCUUGAGUGGUCAGAUGACGACGUCUAUCCCAAGGCGUAUAGCACGGGCAAUCAAAUCAGCAGCAAAUUGCUCAGCUGCAAGAAUGCAAACGCUCUACUGAUGCUGCCGGGUAAGAGCGACAGUCAGGCGGUACUAGAGGAGGGAGCCGUCGUUCCAGCGAUGCUGCUCGGAUUUAAUCAACACGUCGGCUAGUGCAAUAUGACUGACAUUCGGUACUUAUUUUCAUGAAUUGUAAUGAGAUAUUUUUGUAAACAGUUUGUUAAUGCGUCCUUUUUCUAAAGAUUGUUUAUACAAUAAAAUUAUUUUACUAUUCA